AUUACAGCAUGUAAACAUGUUCUUGUAGAAACAUAAAAUACAAGUAUGAACCUGAAAAUGAGCAUAAUAUGGGACCUUUAAUAUUGCAAUGGGACACAUAGUAGCAUAGCACAUAAAGGUGAAAAAUUAGACAUAAAAUAUGUGUAACAAAAUAUACAGACAGUAACACCAGACAGACAUAACAAACAUAUGAUUUGUAUGUAAACCAGACUGUCUAUGAUGGUUUAUUUUGAAGGGUCUUACCGGAAGUUAGUUGUAUUGCUACCUGUACACCUGCUCUGAGGGAAAAGUAAAUGUUUGUGCUGUCAUCAAUCAAUUAAGAUUGUAAUCAUGUAUCAAUUAAGUCUCUGGUUUUAGAGAGAGUUGUCUGCAUUUAGAAUUAAUUGUUUAAUUGUGACGCACAACACGAGUUGUGACGCAAGUGAUGAUGCUGCACGGUAACUAUAGCAACUGCAAACUUCACUCAACGGCAACUCAACUCAGCCUGACCCCAAGACUGAAGAUUUUGCAGUUGUCCACGUUCAGAUGAAGAGAAGCCCGGUAUGAAAGCCGAGUGAGUAUCGUGCAACGAUGUCUGCUGAAAUACCCAUGGAGAGAACGUAUCAGAGGACAUGCACCAACUCAAAUCAGUCAGUUCAGACUCCUGCACCUAUCUCAACAACAUCUGGAAUGAGUGGCGUGGAGCACCAAGGUGACAGCCAGGGCCCGAUGGUCUUUCAGGGCGAACCAAUGGUAGGCAAGACUCCCCCUGAUCUCUCCUCUCUCCUGAGCCCUGAUGAUGCUGUCUCCAGUGGACAAUACCAAGCAACUGCUACCAACCUGGAUGCCUUUCAGACUGUAAAUCAGACUAUGCAACAAGCUCCAGAUCAUCCAUAUGAGGUGGUUCAGCGGCAAAUUGAGCAGAUCCACAAGGUCCUACAGGAGCAGAGUAGACUGCUGACUCUACUAGGAACAGGGCUGGUGUUUCCUGCCUGUGUGCCUUUGUGGUGGAUCGGCUUGCCGCCUGUGCUGACUGCCAUGAGUUCUGAGAAGCUCCCAGUUUCCCCAGUGUCAUCUCCUCCAUCAGAUAACAGGAGGCCAGAGGAUCGUCGUGUCUCCACAUGUCCCAGACAGGAUGCAGAUACAUCCAAAGACGAGACAGCAGAGCAGAGACACUUCCCGACCACCACAGGGACUGACCAGACUGUACACCGAGAUGGAGACCAGGACCCAGCCAAGCCCUCUGCUAACACUGAAGACAGGGAGUGUGUAGAGGAGCAGCUGAAAGUGCAUGAAAUCUCUGAGCCAAAGCAGCUGCAGAACCUCAGAGGGAUGAUGAGGUUAACAGAGAGACGUUACUUCUUGCAGGAGGGUGAGGGCUUUUCCAGGAUGGACAGAAAUAAUCUAAAGGUCACUGAUCAGCAGGAGGUUCAGAGGAGGGCUUCCCUCCGCCAGCAGCUUCCCAGCAGGAAGUCAACCUCCGGCAUCCAGAGGCGCUCCUCCGCCCCAUCUACGGUCUUUAACGACGAAGGAUCGCAGCUUGAAACCUUCCAGUCUCUGACCUUUCAGCCCGAGCGUAGCCGAGAGUUUGGGACUUUACGAGACUUUUGCUCUGCUUCAUAUAAUCCUCAGACACCCGAGUGCAGCCAGAGGGAGACCCAAAGGAUCCAGGGUCAGGCUCAGGUCUGCAGCCAAGAACAAACUCACUUCAACACUCCUCUCGUGUCCCAACCUGAAACUCUGCUUUUCCAAGUAAAACACAUCACUGAUAUUCCUGCAGGAACAGGCAGAGAUGAGAAAGUUAGCCAAUUACAACAGAAAAAGUCCAGAGAGAAAUCCCAUUUGGAAGAACAGAAUGAGACAGAGUGCAUAAUUAAUCAAUCACUCUCUGAGCCGACACCCUGUGAGAGCAAGACCUUCACAGAGAAAAGGGCGAGGCACCAAGAAAUGGAAAACAUGGGUGAAACUGCAGGAAGGCUUGUUAAUGAAGACGAGGUGAAGGGUCAGUUUGAAUUCAUAGCACCUCACAGACAAAUGUCUGCUGUCACCUCAGAGGGUCUAUGGGAACAAUCUCUGCAGCAGAACAACACACAUAUCUGGACCCCCAAACGUCCCAGCGCUGCAUAUGAAUCAGACUUAUUGCAACAUUUCAACAAUUCCCCCCCUUUGACGGACAACAGAGUGUCCCCUCGGGCCACGAGAAACCAGGAAGUUAUUGUUAGUUUUAAGAACGACCACAUGGAGAGAGUCUCAAGCUUUAACAUGGAAACUCUAUCCACAUGCUGCGAUGAAACAAAAACACAUUCUCAUCUCUGCCUAUGCAACAAGUCAAGACCAGGAAGCAGCACAGGCUCAAACUGGGUCAAAGGGCAGAAACAAGCUACGACAACAGCAGCAGCAAGUCAAGUCCCAACACCUCUGAAACGCAGUACAUUUCCCACGCAUUCCACUACGAGAGGCUCUACUGGUGGUGGUGGUGGCAGUGAGGAUGAAGAUAACCCACCCUCCCAGUGUCACCAGUUUCCCAAGCUCCCAUCUCCUCCUCCCUGCCUCGGCCUCCAGGAUUCCCAUUUAAACCUUUCAGAGGAUGAUUAUGCCAGCGAGGUUGAAGAAAGAUGGAUGAUCUCUGGGAUCCAGAAACAGGACCAGAGUCUUGGAUCUGGAUUAGGGCCUCAGCAGCAGUCCUCUUCCUCCAGCUCCAAAAGAGAAGAUAAAACCCUAAAUUGUAAUGGGCAGCAGAACGUGUUGACGAUACGCUCACUGAAACCAGAAAAGAAAGAUGAUGGUCCAGAUGUAACAAAAAGGGCACUUCUCAGAGAGAGAGUGGAUCGGAACGAGGAGCUGAAGACGAGCUGCAAAGGAGAUAACAUCCUCUCUGACAGAGAAGAGAGCCAGGACACGAGAAAUCAACACAGUCUGCACAAACUGGAAACCAACGAAGUCAAGGCCCUCAGGCUGCAGAUGGAGGCCCUUGAGCAGCAGUUGAAGCAGAGAGAGAAUGAUUGGUCUGUAGUUCGACGCCAGCUGGAGGAGCUGAUCAGAGAAAACUCUGAGCUGAGGAAGACACUAACAGUUACGCCGCAGUGCUGCCUAGUGGCCGGCCGAUAUACUGCACAAACACACACUGAACACCAGGAGGGACAGACAGAGAUGGAGCAGCUUCUCUCUAACGGGUGCAGCCUGGUGACGAGCAAAGUCAUUUCUGCAGACCAGAAAACGAAAACAGUCACAUUCUUCAACGGAGAUGUCAAACACAUUUUAGAAGAUGGGAAAGUGGUGUAUUACUAUGCUGGUUCACAGACAACUCAUACCAUUCACCCGAGUGGUCUGGAGGUCCUUCACUUCCCCAACAAGCAGAUUGAGACGCGACACCCCGGGGGAAACAGAGAGAUCUUAUUUCCAGACCAGACCAUCAAGUAUUUGGAGUCUGACGGCAGCGAGAGGACGAUCUUCCCUGACGGCACCAUCGUUCUCCUCUCACCGUCCGGUGAGAAGGUGAUCGAUUUCCCCAACGGUCAGAGAGAACUCCACACUUCCCAGUACAAGAGGAGGGAGUAUCCUGAUGGGACGGUCAAAACCAUCUACCCCAACAGACGACAGGAAACCAAGUACGCAUCAGGCAGAGCACGCAUCAAGGAGAAGGAAGUUACCAUCUCACAUCUUAGAUGAAUGUGUGAGACAGAGAGUGAUGUAGUGUUGGGAGGAAAUACUUUUAUUAGAUUAGAGAUGUUCUCACAUUGUUGAUUUAACUUUAUAUUUUACCCUCAUGUAGCAAAUAAUUCAUUACUGACAAUUUAUUUACUAUUUAAUUAAAAAACUGUCUGACAAGCGAUAUCACACUUCAAUGAU